CAUAAUUCAAACAUGAUGUCUCUGUGUGUGCCGCAUUUCAGCAUGGAGGAAUAAAAGCACAACGCAACUAAUAUCAACAAUAAAUUCAAUGGAUAUGGAUGUUGAAUUGUGAUAUUACAGGUGGAAUUAGAGAAGUCGAGGAUGGGAUGUGCAACUUCUAUGACAGCAGCAAACCGAUCAGUUGUUUCAACGACAGAGUCAAAACUUUUGACAAAUAAACAGCGAUAUAUCAUCAAAAAAACAUGGAAAGUGAUGUGUUCCAAUAUCACUGGACACGGCAUAAAGGUUUUUCUCCGCAUAUUUCAACUCCAUCCGCACGUCAAACAAUUGUUUCCUUGUAGAGACGUUGAAGGGGAAGACCUCUUACGUGAUUCCAACUUCAAGGGACAUGCCUCAAGAUUUAUGCAGGCUGUCGGAGCGGCAGUCGAAAACAUUGAUGACAUAGAAGCAGCACUCACGCCAUUACUAACUGGCCUUGGAAAGCAGCAUAUACAGUUUACAGGUUUUAAGAACGAAUAUUUCGACGCAUUUACAGAGGCCAUGAUGUAUGCAUGGCAUGAGGAAUUGAAAGGACAGUUUUCCGGUGAAACAAGCCUGGCAUGGGCGACAGUAUUUGAAUUCAUAAUGCACAAACUGAAGGAAGGACACGCGGCGGCAUUAGCUAACAGCGAUAAGGUUCAACAGAAUUUAGAAUCCAAUGAUCAGAUUGCAUCGAAGUGAAAAGUUAUUAUUACCGUGUUAUUGCCAGCAUGUUUGAAGAACAUUUGAUGGUGAAAGCAACACAUGUUGUUUUUGCAAC